AUGGUGAGCGUAUCGAAAGGUGACCAUGUGUGGGUUGAUCAGCGGACCGGCAGUGAGUUCAAUGUCGAAAUUGGUGCUCGUGUGGUCGCUUCACAAGCCGGACAAAUUGUUCUAAUCGAUGACAAUGAUCAAGAAAUUCAUUUUCCCAUUCAAACCAAAUUUCGUUCAAUGCACAUCAGUUCAGUCGAAGGUGUAGAUGACAUGAUCUUGCUAGGCGAUUUGAAAGAAUCUGCCAUACUUCAUAAUCUUCAUAUGCGUUACAGAGACGAUAAAAUUUAUACCUACACCGGAUCGAUUUUGGUUGCCGUGAAUCCUUAUAAACUGUUAAACAUUUAUAAUAUUGAUAAUAUUCGACAAUAUUCAAACCGAAAAAUUGGCGAAUUACCACCGCAUAUCUUUGCUAUUGGUGAUAGUGCAUAUUGGAAUAUGCAACGUUAUCAACAUGAUCAAUGUAUUAUUAUCAGUGGUGAGAGUGGAAGUGGUAAAACUGAAUCGACGAAGUUAAUCUUACAAUUUUUGGCCGCUACCAGCGGACAACAUUCCUGGAUCGAACAACAAAUUCUUGAUGCAAAUCCGAUUCUUGAAGCUUUUGGAAAUGCUAAAACUGUUCGAAAUGAUAAUUCAUCACGUUUUGGCAAAUAUAUUGAUAUUCAUUUUGAUAAACGAGGCGCGAUCGAAGGUGCUAAAAUUGAACAAUAUCUAUUGGAAAAAUCUCGCAUCGUCUCACAAGCUCGUGAUGAACGAAACUAUCAUGUAUUUUAUUGCAUGUUAGCUGGCAUGUCCACUGAAGAAAAACAACCGUUGGAUUUAACAAAUGCUAGUGACUACAUUUAUCUCAAUCAACUCGAUGGAACUAUCUAUUGUGACAGUCGAGAUGAUGGAAAAGAAUGGUCAACAAUAAAGAGUGCUUGCAAAGUGUUGAUGUUUAGUGAUGAAGAAUUGAAUGACAUUCUCCGAUUAUUAUCAGCUGUUUUACAUUUGGGAAAUUUGAAAUUUCAAGCAACCACCACACAAAAUAUGGAUACAUGCACAGUAGCAAAUAUCACUGUACUUCGAGUUGUUUCGAAAUUGUUGAAACUUGAUGAUAAUGGCCUUCGAGAAGGUCUAUUGAAACGAACGAUCUUUGCUCAUGGAGAAGCCGUUGUUACUCCUCUUAGUCAACAACAAGCAUGCGAUGUUCGUGAUGCAUUUGUCAAAGGAAUCUACGGUAAAAUGUUCAUUUGGAUCGUGGACAAGAUCAACUCGGCAAUUUUCAAGCCAAAAGAUCCAUCGACCUAUCGAAAGAGUCUUGGCAUUUUGGAUAUCUUCGGCUUUGAAAAUUUUCAACGGAAUAGCUUUGAACAACUAUGUAUCAAUUAUGCCAAUGAAAACCUGCAACAGUUCUUUGUUCAUCAUAUAUUUAAACUCGAACAAGAAGAAUACAAUAAUGAACAUAUCAACUGGAAACACAUUGCGUUCGAAGAUAAUCAACGCAUACUUGACUUAAUCGCAAUUAAAUCUAUGAAUGUGAUUGCUUUGAUUGAUGAAGAAAGUCGCUUUCCGAAAGGUACAGAUCGAUCAUUAUGCGACAAGCUCCAUGCAAACCAUGCAAAGAAUGAAAAUUUUAUUCCAAGAAAAACAGAUAAUAUUAUUAGUUUUGGUAUUCGGCAUUUUGCUGGAAACGUUUAUUACGAUUGUGAAAAUUUCCUUGAGAAAAAUCGCGAUACCUUCAGUCAAGAUCUUAUGAAACUGUUACAAGAAACUAAGAGUAAAUUUCUUCGGAAUUUAUUCCUAAAUGAAUUCCAAAUUGGUACCGAAACACGUAAACGUGCACCAUCACUUGGAACACAGUUUAAGAAAUCUUUGGAUUCAUUAAUGAGUAUUUUAUCUGCAUGUCAACCAUUUUUUAUCCGUUGUAUCAAACCGAAUGAAUACAAAACACCUGAUACUUUUGAUCGAGAUCUAGUUUGUCGUCAAUUGCGAUAUUCGGGAAUGAUGGAAACGAUAAGUAUUCGACGGAAAGGCUAUCCUAUUCGACAUAUCUUUCGAGAUUUUGUUGAUCGCUACCGAUUAUUGGCAUCGGGCAUUGGUCCUUCACACUGUGAAGGUGAUUGUCGAGUAGCAGCCGAUAAAAUUUGCAAAACAGUUCUCGUCAAUCAAGAUUAUCAAAUUGGUAAAACGAAAGUUUUUCUCAAGGAUGCACAAGAUGUAUUUCUUGAACAAGCACGUGAACAAGUUAUGGCACGAAAAAUCCUCAUUUUACAGAAUUCGAUUCGUCAAUGGAUUGCUCGUCGACAAUUUCUUGUUAUGCGUCAAAGCGUUUCUCUUAUUCAACGUUACUGCAAAAGUCAUCGGGAAGUCAAACGUUUUCAAACCAUGUGCAACGGUUUCACACGUUUACAAACGCAAUUUCAUACUCGUAUGUUAACACUCCGUUACUCUGUUUUACGUUCACGUAUAUUGAAUAUUCAACGUUAUUGUCGUGGUUAUCUCGCUCGACAAAACUAUGGUCGAAAAGUCAACGCAAUACUAAUACUGCAAUCGGAAGUUCGUCGACAUAUCGCUCAGAAACAUAUGCGUCGUUUUCGUAUCGAAGAGAAAAUGUAUCGCGAAGCUGAACACGAGCGAUCGGAAGAAGAAAAACGUUUAAUACCGGCGCUAGGUGUUAAACGAGCCAAAGAAGAGGCGGAGAGGAAAUAUCAAGAACGUUUGAAACUUCUCGAGCGAGAAAUUCAUGAACAAGAACGUCUUGAACAACAACGUGCGAAAGAAAAACGUCUUCUAAUGGAACGAAAACAUUACACAGAUGAAAACGAUCUAUUCAAUAAUAUGUUUCCAUCAAAUAAUGAUGAACGUAUAACGCCAGCACAUCGCCCAACAGCAGUAACAACGGGUGGUAUGCAAUCAACGUUAGGAAAUAUGCCACAAUCAAUGGGUAAUGUAGAAAGAAUUGAUAAGCCCUUACCACUGCCUGAUCAAGAUGAAGAUUUACGAGAAUAUACAUUCGCGAAAUUUGCUUCGACAUACUUUCAAGGCAAUGCGACGCCACAUUUUACAAAGAAAACUCUCAAACAACCAUUAUUGGCAAUUAAAUCCGAACGAGAUCAAUUGGCGGCUUUAGCGAUCUGGAUAACGAUUCUUCGGUUUAUGUGUGAUUUACCUGAUGUUCGGACUCCAACAGCGGGCCAUCAGAAACAGUCAAUAAUGACAAAGAUUCACUCGACACUCGGAAGAAAAUUCAAUAAAAAAGAUUUAGAAGAAGCACAAAAGUUGAGUGAGUCCAUCGAUAAUCAACCAUCAAUAACAUCGCCAGAUAAUUCAUUAUCGUUAUUGACAAAUAACAAUGGUUCAUCUCCAACAUCGAAUAAAACUUCGUCACGAUCAGUUAAACAAAAAUUAGUUAACAUGACAUUGAAACGGAAAUCGAAAUUAUCGACUGAUGUGGCGAUCACACGUUUGAAAGAUUUGGAUUUGUUGAGUUCAACCCAACAAAUCAAAAUGACUGGUAUGAAUCCGUUCUUAGAGGAUCGUCCAACAUCAAAUCUAGAAAAAUUACAUUUCAUCAUUGGUCUUGGUAUCCACGUUGCCGAAUUACGCGAUGAAAUCUAUUGUCAAAUAUGUAAACAAUUAACAACGAAUCCUUCCUCACAAUCAAUCGCUCGCGGUUGGAUUUUACUCUCACUAUGUGUCGGAUGUUUUGCACCUUCGUCGAAAUUGAUUAAAUAUUUACAAAACUUUAUUCUUAAUGGCCCAAGUGGCUUUCCAAGAUAUUGCUAUGAAAGAUUAUCCAGAACAAUGAUGAAUGGUCUAAGAACACAACCGCCGUCAUGGCUUGAAUUACAAGCUACUAAACAUAAGGAACCGUUAUUACUUCAAAUUACAUUUAUGGAUGGAAGUUCUAAAGCGUUGAAGGCGGAUUCAGCUACCACAGCACGUGAAUUAUGUGAUCUAUUAGCUGAAAAGAUUAAUUUAGUCGAUAAAUUCGGUUUUUCGCUGUAUAUUGCAUUGUUCGAUAAGGUUUCAUCGCUUGGUUCGGGUAUGGAUCAUGUGAUGGAUGCUAUAUCCCAGUGCGAACAAUAUGCCAAAGAGCAAGGAACAUUAGAAAAGAUCGCACCAUGGAGAUUAUUCUUCCGAAAAGAAAUUUUUGCACCAUGGCACAAUCCACAAGAUGAUUCAGUGGCAACAAAUUUAAUAUAUCAACAAGUUGUUCGAGGAAUCAAAUUUGGAGAAUAUCGUUGUGAAAAAGAUGAUGAUUUAGCUAUGAUUGCUGCUCAACAAUACUAUAUCGAAUACGGACAAGAGAUGCAUGUGGAUCGCUUACGUGAAUUACUUCCUCACUAUAUCCCUGAUAAUCAACUUGUUCAAAAUAAAGCAACCGAACGUUGGCUGCAAAUUAUUAUUCAUGCUCAUAAACGUCACUUCAGCAACCCGAAAGAUUCGAUUUCAGUCUUGCGUGUCAAAGAAGAUGUGGUUAAUUAUGCUCGAUUUAAAUGGCCACUCUUAUUCUCGCGUUUCUACGAAGCAUAUAAAUUCUCUGGACCAACUUUACCGAAAAAUGAAGUGAUCAUUGCUGUCAACUGGACAGGCGUCUAUGUUAUUGAUGAUCAAGAACAGGUUCUACUCGAAUUAUCAUUUCCAGAAAUUACUCAAGUUCUCAGUAGUAAAGCAUCCGGAAGACAACAGAGCAAUAGUUUUACAAUUAUUACGAUUAAAAACGACGAAUAUACAUUUACAUCGAACAAUGCUGAUGAUAUACGCGACUUAGUGAUCAAUUUUCUGGAUGGAUUAAAACGUAAAUCAAAAUAUGUUGUUGUCAUACAAGAUUUCGAUCCGUCGGGACCAGGUUUAACUAUACGACGUGGUGACUUAAUAACCAUUGAAGAAGAUUCGCGUACGAAUCAAACAGGUACAUAUUUUGGUUAUAAUGAACGCACAGGCUCAACCGGUGAAUUUCCGAGUGAAUGCGUUUACAUUCUACCAACACUAUCGAAACCACCACAAGAUAUUUUGCAAAUCUUUGCAUUACAAUGGACAGAUAUAAAUCAACAACAAGCACAAAAUGAGCAUUUAUUUGCGUUAAAUGGAAGUAAUAAUGGUGAAUUUUUGCCUGAACAAGGUUACACAUUAGAAAAAUAUGCCGAAACCAAUUUUCGUUUACCGCCCAAACGCACAUGGUCAAAUACAUUUACACGACGUGGCGGAAUGAAUAAUGCUGGUGACCGUCUAUGGGCUUUCCAGAAAGAACCCUUGCGACAACCGUUAUUGAAAAAACUACAAGAGAAAAUCGAAUUAAGCGAAGAAGCUUGUUCUUGCUUCAUGAAUAUCCUGAAGUAUAUGGGUGAUUAUCAAACUGGUUUACGACGUCGAGCAACAAAUGAACUAACAGAUGCUAUCUUUGAUCCAGCAUUGAAACACGAAAUUCUUAAAGAUGAGAUCUUCUGUCAAAUUGUUAAACAAUUGACUGAUAAUGGUAAUCAAGCAAGUGAAUCGCGCGGUUGGGAAUUAAUGUGGUUAGCAAGUGGAUGUUUUGCUCCAAGUGCUGUUCUACUCAAAGAAGUUAACCUUUUUCUUCGUUCACGUAAACAUCAACUAGCCGCCGAUUGCUUUGCACGAUUACAACGAACAUUAAAAAAUGGCCAACGUAAACAUCCUCCACAUCAAGUUGAAGUCGAAGCUAUUCAGCAUAUGACAACGCAAAUCUAUCAUAAAGUUUACUUUCCUGAUGACACAUCAGAAGCAUUUGAAGUUGAUUCAUCAACACGCGCGAAAGAUUUCUGUCGAAAUAUAGCUGAUCGUCUUAAACUGCAAUCGAGUGAAGGUUUCAGUUUAUUCGUCAAAAUUCUUGAUAAAGUUAUUAGUGUACCCGAGGGAGACUUCUUCUUCGAUUUUGUUCGACAUUUAACUGAAUGGAUAAAAAAGACGAAACAACGUGAAGAUCCACCUAAGUAUACUUACCAAAUCUUUUUCAUGAGAAAACUAUGGACAAAUGCUGUCCCAGGAAAAGACAGAAUGGCAGAUAUUAUCUUUCAUUAUCAUCAGGAACUUCCAAAAUUAAUUCGUGGUUAUCAUAAAUGUUCAAUUGACGAAGCUGUUCAACUAGCCGCUUGUAUAUAUCGUGUUCGCUUCGGUGAUAGUGCAGCUCAAUUUGAAAAUCUUCAAUUGAAAGAUCUUCUCCCAGCGGAUCUCGUCGAUAAACUUCCAUAUGCCGAAUGGAAAAAAAGCAUAAUAACUGCUCACGGACAAUCGCGUAAUGUGUCAUCUGAAGAUGCGAAGAUCAAGUUUUUAAAAAUCGUUUAUCAAUGGACAACAUUCGGUUCUGCUUUCUUCGAAGUCAAACAAACAUCCGAUCCAGCAUUUCCUGAACAGUUAUUGAUUGCGAUUAAUAAAAAUGGUGUGAAUCUAAUCCAUCCGAAAACAAAAGAUUUGCUAAUGACAUAUCCAUUUACAAGCAUCUCGAAUUGGUCAAGUGGAAACACUUACUUCAAUAUGACGGUCGGUGAUAUUGUUCGUGGUAGUCGUUUAUUAUGCGAAUCACCAUUGAAACAUUUCAAUGUUAUUCAAUCUGUUCGUAUUAGUGAUACUGCUGAUGCUAUAUGGAAAGUAGUUGGUGGAUUUUUUAAUAUUCAUAAAUGGCAUCCGCAAAUUUCAGCUACUGAAAUCGAUGAUGAAAAUACAUUUAUCAAACGUCGAGUUAUCUUUGCUGGUGAAAUGAUUGAUACAAUUGAACAAUUGCAAAUUCUAGACAAUGAAAAACGAAACUAUCAAUACAAGAAUGUUGGUGGCAAUUGGGGUAAAUUGGUAGAAAACUAUGAAUCAAAACUUGAAGUAAUAGAAGAUGAUAAUGGUCGAUCAGCUAUUGUUAGAUGGAUCGGCUCAUUUGAUAGUCAUGCUGAUCUUGUUACCGAUUUUUAUCGUAUUGGUUUGAAUUCACUAGCAGGAUUAGUUUCACCUUCGUUACCAUGUUCAGGUGGUAAUAGUUAUUUUAACAAAACAUUACCUACAAUAAAAGGUCGUCCAAAUCUGUCAGUUUAUCGGCGACAAGAAUACAAUAUUAACGCAAGUCAAUUGUGGAAGUAUGUUGGUGUUUGGAAAGGAAUACUGAAUGGUCAGUUAUCAUAUGAGCCAGGAUCAGAAUAUAGUUUUAAACUACCUGAUCCAAUGCCAAGAAUUUAUGAAACUUUACUAUCUUAUGAUCGAACAAAUUAUGAAUUUGUUUAUUGUAUGAGAGUAACCGUACCACGGUCUCUACCUGUUACAAAUUAUGUUAGUAUGAAAAAAGUUGUAUCGACUGGUAACUCAUCUUCAGCAUGGAUAAGAACAGGAUAUAUGAUUGUAGAUGAUGGAACAACGGCUGAGCAAGCAGCUAACCAGGUUUUGACAAAUGUCUUCGUUGCUGGUGGAGAACGAUUACUUCAACAGCUGCAAAAUAUCACAAGACAUUCUAAUGAACAUUAA